AUGGUUUCGUUGAAGUGGAGGAAGCGAGCAGACUCGCCGAUCCCUGUUCGCGAGCAGAACGAUCUCAACACCACAACCUUCCUCGCAGAGGGGAACCUCAAGUACGCCGUUGAAAAGGGCGAGAACAGCAAUGAACCUUCUUACCAGGAGGUCUCCGGCGCACCAGUCGAGACCCGUUCGCCUCUGGGCUACCAUGUCGGCCAGGUCACCAUCUUGUUCCUCAACCUCUCGAAGAUGGUCGGCACUGGAGUCUACUCGACACCGUCGACCAUCCUCAAGGGGACAGGCAGCGUCGGCCUGGCCCUGAUCUACUGGUUCAUUGGUUUCGUCAUUGCCGGAGCGUCUCUCUCGGUCUACCUGGAAUUCGCCAGCUACUUUCCAAACCGCUCUGGUAGUGAGGUCGUCUACCUGGAGCAGGCCUACCCCCGCCCGCGGUACCUCUUCCCCGUCGCCUUCGCGAUCCAGUCCGUGCUGCUGUCGUUUAGCUCCUCCAACGCGAUCGUCCUCGCACAAUACCUGUACCGAAUCAACGGCGCCACUCCGACGGCCUGGGAACUGAAAGGCGUGGCCGUCGCUGGAUACACCGUGGCGUUCCUCUUUGUCGCCUUUUCCACCCGUUGGUCCUACCGUCUCUCAAACGCCAUCGGUCUCGUCAAACUGCUGACGUUGAUCUUUGUCGCCAUCACCGGCCUGGUCGUCCUCGGCGGCAACGUCUCUCGCGUGCCCGAUCCCCACGCCAACUUCCGCAAUGCCUUCUCCGGCUUCGAAGGCACCUCGGCCUCAGCAUACGGCGUGACAAACGCCCUGGUGAAGAUCAUCUUCUCCUACGCCGGCUACGAGAAUGCAUUCAACGUCGUGAACGAGGUCAAGAACCCCGUUCGCUCCAUUCGCAACUCGGGUGCCCUCUCGCUCUUCAUCGUGGCGACACUCUACGUGCUCGCCAACGUCGCAUACUUCUCCGCGGUCCCGAAAGAAGAGUUGAUAAAGUCGUCGCAGGUUGCUGCGAGUCUGUUCUUCCAACAUGUCUUUGGAUCAAACGGGGCUGUCAGGGGUCUCAACUUUUUGAUCGCCAUGAGCGCAUUUGGCAAUUUGAUUGCGGUAUUGCUGGGUCAGUCCAGAUUGAUCAGAGAGUGUGGUCGUCAGGGAACUCUCCCAUUCCCAGACUUCUGGGUCAGCACUCGACCCUUUGGCACUCCACUGGGGCCCUAUUUCGUCAAAUGGGCACUGACAAUGCUGAUGAUCCUUGCACCUCCGGCAGGCGACGCCUUUAACUUCGUCGUCGACCUAGCCAACUACCCCUCCUCAUUCUUCAACUUCCUCAUGGCCGUGGGCAUCUACUUCGUCCGGUACCAACGCAAGAGACUCAACGUGCCCCCACCGUCCAAAGGCCACCGUUUCCAAGCGUACCACGUCGCCGUCAUCUUCACCAUCGCCGUCAACCUAUACAUGCUGAUCAUGCCGUGGUACCCGCCCACGGGCGGCGCCACGGGCGGGGACGUCAGUUUCUGGUACGCCACGUACGUGGUCACGGGGAUUGGGAUCUUGUUGGCCAGCGCCGUGUACUAUGGAUUGUGGGUGCAUCUGUUGCCCCGGUGGCGAGGCUACCGCGUCCGCCACGAAAAGGUGCUGCUGGACGCCGGCGAGGUCACGCACAAGCUCGUCAAGGUACCCCUCGACAAGUUGGAGCAGUGGGACAGGGAGCACGACGCCCAAGGCAGAAAAUUCGGGUCCGAGGGCCGGAGCGACGACGACAUCGUAGACGUGCAACAUCGCUUUGACGAGGACAACAAGUUGUGA